AUGAUGAAAGUUUUCCACUGUGUCCCCGUCGCAGAUAUUGUCAGUGAGACCAUCUCGUGCGUCGCCUCCUCCGCAGAGACCUUCCUGGUCGGCACCGAAACAGGCACUAUCCUCAAGUUCUCUCUCGCGGACACAGACGACCCCGGAGAGCUCGCAGAUGGCGCCAAACUGACUGGCAAACUGCGCGUGAACAGUGGGAAAAAAAUCGGGAAAGUAGCCGUUCUCGAAUCUCUGCAAGUCGCCAUCUGCAUCGAAGAUGGCAAUGUCCACCUUCUCUCCCUCGGGCUUAACUCACCCGGAUACAUUCUCUGCAAAAAUGCCUCGACGUUUUGUCUCCACGAAGAGGGCGCAGCAACCGCUGGGGCUGAGGGAGGCGCCGGAGAAAAACACCGCGAGAGAGCCGUCCGCUUCCACCCGGAGUUGUGCGUCGCGCUAAAGAGGAAAAUCGUCUUAUAUUCGAAGCCCGGCACAGACUUCCAGCCGUACAAAGAAAUCGCGCUCGUUGAAACGCCCCUCAGUCUGUGUUGGCGAGACAGGUGGAUUUGCAUCGGCACCAAAAAGGAGUUUCUCUCCCUCCACGACGACCAGGAGCAAGCGACGGAAAUUCUCGCGCUGGACGGGCAGACCUCGCGAGGGUCUCCCAACUUGCUGCUGCUCCCAGACGGCGAAGUCCUGAUUCUCGGCCUGGAAAACCUCGGGAUCUUCUUCAACCUCGUCUCGCAAACGCCCAGCCAAAGAAACACCAUCAAAUGGCCCCUCGAUCUCCUCCAAGUCUCUGUUUGUCUGCCGUACCUCGUGGGAAUCGCUGCGUCCGGAACAGUCGACGUUUACAGCAUCCACGGGCAGAGUCUCUGUCAAAAGCUCCACUUGCCGGCGCCUUUAACUUCCAUUGCGACCAAUGGGGGCCGUCUCCUCGUCGCCAGCGGUUCAAGCGUCAACUGUCUCUUCCCCGUGCCCGUCGAGCAACAGCUUCACAAGCUGUUGUUGGAAGGGCGAACCGGGGAUGCUCUCGAUCUCCUUUCUGCGAACUUCGGCGCCGAUGACCCCCGACGGGCCGUAGAACUGAGUGCUUUCCACAAUCUCGCCGGCUGGGUAGAAUUCUCGCAUCUUCAGUUCCCCGCGGCGUUCCGGCACUUCGCCUACGCUGGCGUGGACAUCUUGCGGAUCAUUUCCUUCUGGUCGGCAGACCUGCCAAGUUGGUGGACGACACCCAGCGUCUACUUGGAAGAAACGGCGUCUCGCCCCGAAGCGGCGCGAUUGGAUAGGGCUCUCAUCCCUCCCGUUCAAGACGUUUCGCGUUUUAUUCGCGAUCGAACGGCGCAAACGAAGGCCGGCGACGGAGGUCAACAGGGCGAGGCGAAGCUUCAGGUCCUCCUCGAGCUGGCGAAUUCCUCGAUGGCGACAUUUCUCUCCAAGGAGCGCACGUCGCUUCUCCUCGGGCGCUCUGAGAGAGUUGACUGGGACGCACUGCGCGAAGUCGCCUCCGCCGCUCGCGCCGCCGGCGCUGUGGCGCAUGCAGCGGAGACCAAAGAGGAGUUGCUGGCUCUUCUUCUCACUCUUGUCGACACGCUUCUCUUUCUUCUGAUGGUCGAAGGAGAUGACGAACGCUGGAAGGACUUGUUGCUCGGGCCUCAGCAGCCUCUCACAUGCAGCGUCGACGACUGCCGCGAAUUCCUGCUUGCCAUCCAUCGCCCGGAUGCCCUCGCCGUGAUGCUCUCCCGCUUUGGUUUCCGAGAAGAAGCCCUCGAAAUCUGGGCAAAGAUCGUCCAGGGAGAGCUCCGCAUCGCUCCAAAGGCGACGACGCUCUCUGACGGCGUCCAAGAAAUGCUGGCUCUGCUGCUCGCUCGCGAUCUCCGAGACGCGGCAGGGCCGGAGAAGCCUGCGAAGAUGAAAGACAAGCAAACGGAGGAAUCGCUGCUUCAGCGCUACGCGCCCCUCGUUCUGCGCGCCGAUCCAACGCUGGCGCGUCAGCUCUUUUUCACCGCACGAGGCUCCGGCAGUCGGUACAUGAUUUCGCCCAGCCUCGUUGUCCGACUCUUGCAAGAAGGCGUCGAAGACCCGUCUCUUUCGCAGCGCCUGCAAGAGUCCUUCAUCGAAGAAAUCGUGAUGGACGUGUCGGGCGACGGCGCCGAGGCAAGCGCUGUUUGCCGGGAAGAAAACGAAGGCCCAGAGGCAGAGAGCCAGGUCACUGCUUGGCUCCAGGAAGCGAGAGAGCUACAAACGCAACUCGCAAAAACCUACAUUGACCGGUUGUUGGCGGCAGGCCCCAGUGCAGGGGAGGCGACCGCAGACCAAGAGACGCAGGAGAAGUCUCGGGCAGAUGUGCGAGGAAAACUUUUGAAACUUCUCGAGACGAAAGAGAACUACGACGUCCGUGCGCUCCUCGCGAAAGUGGAGGGUUCCUGGCUACUGAAGGAGACCGCCGUUCUCUACGGGAGACUCGGGAAGCACCUAGAUGCCUUGCAGACGAUUGCAGUUCGGCUCAAAGACGAGAGAACCGCCGAGGCGUACUGUCUCAUGACCGACGAUGCUCUCCAGCCUUUUGUCGAUCGCCUUUCGCCCGAAGAGUAUUCCGCUAUGGUUGCCAGCGACGCCAUUUUCGAAAUUCCGCCUCCCGCCUCGAAGGCGGAUGCCGUCUUCCCGUCGCGAGAAGGCAAGGAGAGUGUCUCUUUCUGUGGCGGAAAGGGCGACGCCUCAACUCGCAGUUUCUGCUCAAUCUUCAGUCCGAACUCGCCUUGGAAACAACAGCGCGAUGAUCUCCCUCAAGCGCUUCGUCCGGGAGGUCUCGGGUCCUACUCCGCAUUUAGAAGCGCUGGAAGAGGUGUGCCGGGUCUCUCUUCUUUCCCACAAUUUGGUGAAAAGGCGGGAGAAGGACAGGGCGGCGGCGUCAGCCCGGGGAACAGGAAAACUCGACCGAGGCGGUCGGCAAGCAUGCUCCGCGCCCUGCUCAAGGUGCUCUUGAGAGCGUGGCACGAGGCAGCGACUGCGCCUGAGACGCGCGACGGUGACGCGUCGACCUGGAAGAAAUCCAUUUUGAACUUGCUUUCGAAAUACGGCGAUCAUCCGGACUUGGAGCCGAGUCUAGUCGUGCGGCUCCUCCCGGAUGAGUGGCAGUUGACUGAAGUCGCCGACUACUUAGUCGCUUCUUUCCGCGAGCGCCUCCACGAGAAAAUGACAGCUUCCCUGCAGGAGCAACUGUCCACCGUCGCCUACCUUCACACCUACUCCGACUGGGCUCGCCAGCGGUCUUCCUGCUACGUCGUCACUCCUGAACGGUCCUGCCCUGUCUGUACACGGCGGCUGGGGUUGACAGCCUUCGUCGCGUACCCCGACGGCACGUGCGUCCACCUUCAGUGCGCAGAUGGGAACACUUUGCACCCGAGUCAGGAGCCGCCUACCGGUUCAAGUCAGUUUGAGAACAAUGAGGAGCCGCGUCAGACUCCCUCCUUGAGAGUUCUACAAGCCGUCGAGUUUGCCCGUCCCAUCGUCCUCCUUAGGAUGGAUCACCAAAGUUUUUAA